AAAUCGUUUUCUUUAUAUUGGAGUUGCCAUUUCGCCGGCCGUGGGUUUAGGCACCAAAACAGUUAAACCCUUUCUCUCUUCUCUGUCUCUCUCUGAUCCUGAGGAAAUAGUUGAUGCUCAUGGAGUUUCCAAGCUCCAGAAUAUCAACAAAUCUUCAAAUUUCUGCACCAAUUCCCUUCCUCACAUGGAAAGGCACGAGAUAUCGUUCAACGCUGAACAUACCGAACUCGAAGAGAUUCCCUUUGCAACAACCGCUUUCUACACAUUUAUUUCGCACAAUUCCGUCGAGAAACUUCCGGGUUUCAGCUCAUUUCGGCAAAGCUUCUCGCCGCCAGAAUUAUCUGAGGAAGAAACUCACCAAACAACACAAGCAGCAUCAGGUGAGUGAAGACCUUCAUGAAUUUAAUACACUCAAUACGCAUGACUCCAAUUUUGAAAAUUCUAGUGAAAUAACCUUGAAUCUCGAGGGUGGUAGUGGCGUUAGUGACGAACUGCUUGAUGCUUACGGUGAAGAUAGAAAGAAUGUUGAUGAUAAGUUAAUUCAGAAUGAGGGUGUGAUAGAAUUGGGAAAGGAUUUUAGGAAAAAUAAUAUAGGGGAUUCUAUCAUGUGGAACAAAUUGGAGGGUUGGGUUGAGCAGUAUAAGAAGGACUCCCAAUUUUGGGGCAUUGGAACUGGUCCUAUAUUUUCUGUAUUUCAGGAUGCUGAAGGUAAGGUAGAAAGGGUAGAGGUGAAUGAAGAUGAGAUUUUGAGGCGAAGUCGGGUUGAUCCUCAGUUGGAUAAUGAAGAUGAGGUCUUGGCUGAAGUUGAUUUUAAGAUAUCUUUUGCAAAAGACUUGGCAAGAGAGAUGGAGGAGGGGAGUAAUGUGAUUCCCAAGAAUAGUUCAGUGGCUAAGUUUGUGCAAUCUGGUGCUGAGAAAUCACGUUUUGUGGAAGCAGUUCGCAGUGUCGCAGUGAAGCCAGUUUCAUUUCCUAGUAUGUCAAAGGUUGGAGUGUUAGUAUUAUGUGGCUUAUCUGUGGUUUGGGCAAUUAGGGGGCUAUUCACUGUUGACAAGGAUAGUAAAGGUGAAUACACAGCUUUUGAGAAGGAGAUGCUGCGGAGGAAAAUGAAAGCAAGAACAAAAGAAGAGAAGACGGUGAAAGGUAGUGUGGAGGUAAUGCAGGUGCCCGUAGAGCCUAAAGGCGUGUCGUUCAAGAGGCCUCAACUUGAUGAAGAAGAACUUGUCAACAGCAUUAUUAAGGCAAAGGGAUCAAAUAAUCAACUGGGGAUAGUGGACCAAACUUCAGAAAAUGAACUUCAAGGAAAAAUUGAAGAAAUCAGGGCAAUGGCACAGCAUGCACGGGAAACUGAGAGAAGAGACGCUAUGCAAAAGUCUAAUGCAACUUCAGAAAAUGAACUUCCUAGGGAGGAGGAGGUAUCUGUUGAAGAUUUUGAUGAAAGGAGAGAACAUGUGUCUAUCACUGACACUGACACAGACACAGACGAUGAUAUUGAACUGUCCAUCAAUGAAGCUUCAGAUGAUAAAUGUGAGACAGAGCUCCAUAACAUCACCCCUAAUGGAAGCUUGAAAUCAGAAGUGAGCUAUGAGAAAGAAGUUUCAGCAUCCUCAAACUUGACUGAUGCCAAUGUACAUUCUGAUGGUUCAGACCAAUAUAAAUAUUCUUCCCCAAAAAAACUGAGAAUCAUAAAAUCUGCCAAGGAAGCAAGGGAGUACCUUUCGAGGAAGCAUCAAACACCAGUGGGGAACCAAAAAGAUGAUGUCGGAAACAACGAACACGUGGAUAUUUCUAGUCUGGUACCCACUGCAAAUGUGGCAUCUGGUAAGACAAGCCCAGUAAUGGAUUUAACUGAAAAAGUACAUGAUCCUACCCCUACAAGUGGAAUAGAUAAAUUUUCGUAUCCAUUUGAAGAUUGCAGCCUGGGUAGUGAAACUCCACAAGGAAAUGCGGAUAGCCUAAAUCAUUCAGAAACAUCCAGAAUAUACUCAGAUCAUGAUGUUAAUAUCUCUAAGAAAGUUGCUGGGGUACCCGUAGAUAACAUCCCCAAGGCAAAAGAUAAAGAUAUUGGGACUCCCUGGACUUGUAAUAGCCCAAGUGAUACAUCGUCUUUUCUGGGUGGCAUACAAAAAUCUAAAGUUGAUGCACCGGGCAAGCCCCAGACAGAAAAAGUGCCUACUCAGCUCAGGAACCAUAAAUCUGAAGAUACUGCAAAUAAUGGAACAUCAGUAGGUCUUCAAGAGUCUGUAUUUGCUACUUCUGAUGAAGUUAAUGAUACAACUAAUGAGCUAGCUCCAUUAGUAAGUAAGGAAAACUGGAUGGAGAAGAAUUUCCACGAAUUUGAGCCCAUUGUGGACAAGAUUGGAGCUGGCUUCAGAGAUAGUUAUCAGCUUGCAAAGGAGAAAGCAAGUCGAGGAUUGGGUUCAGAAACUGAUUUGACACAGCUUAAGUCAGAUGAUGCUGAAAGUGAACUUGAAUGGAUGAAGGAUGAGAGGCUUAGGGAGAUUGUAUUCAGAGUAAGAGAUAAUGAGCUGUCAGGAAGAGAUCCAUUUCAUCUUAUGGAUGAAGAAGAUAAGCUCGCCUUCUUUAAUGGCCUUGACAAGAAAGUCGAACAAGAGAACAGAAAGCUGCUGAAGUUGCACGAAUAUCUUCAUUCAAACAUAGAAAACCUUGACUAUGGAGCAGAUGGCAUUAGCGUGUAUGAUCCGCCGGAGAAAGUCAUACCUCGGUGGAAAGUCCCACCUGCAGAGAGGAACCCUGAGUUCCUCAACAACUUUGUGGAACAAAGAAAGGAGCUUGUUUCUGAAAGCCUUAAAAGCUCGUUUCUCUCGAGGAAAACUGCAAAAGAAGAUGUUAAUACAUCAGAAAAACUAUCUUCCCUCGAGAAUAGUGCUGUGGCAGCAAUUGACACUGAUCCAAGGGCAGAAGUAAAGAAAGAUAUUUCAGUGUCUUCAAAGACUGUUAUAGAAGGUAGUGAUGGUUCUGUUAGGGCAGGCAAAAAACAGGGAAAGGAGUUCUGGCAGCACACGAAGAAAUGGUCUGAAGGUUUUCUUGAGUCUUAUAAUGCUGAAUCUGACCCGGAAACCAAAGCUGUAAUGAGAGACAUAGGGAAAGAUUUGGACCGAUGGAUCACCGAGAAAGAAAUAAAGGAAGCAGCUGAGCUAAUGGACAAACUCCCCGAAAAAGGAUUCAUUAAACAGAAACUCAAUAAGGUGAGAAGGGAAAUGGAACUUUACGGGCCCCAAGCUGUUGUGAGCAAGUAUCGCGAAUAUGCUGAAGAAAAGGAAGAAGAUUACCUGUGGUGGCUAGAUCUUCCCCAUGUUCUGUGCAUUGAGUUGUACACUGUUGAGGAUGGGGAGGAGAGAGCUGGUUUCUAUUCAUUGGAGAUGGCUGCUGAUCUUGAGCUGGAUCCUAAGCCAUAUCAUGUUAUUGCUUUUGAGGAUGCUGGUGACUGCAAGAAUCUUUGCUAUAUCAUACAAACUAAGAUGGAAAUGCUAGGGAAUGGAAAUGCUUUCGUCAUUGCUAGACCGCCCAAGGAUGCUUACCGCGAAGCCAAAGCAAACGGGUUCAGCGUGACUGUCAUCAAGAAAGGGCAAUUGCAGCUGAACGUGGACCAGACGUUGGAAGAAGUCGAAGAGUUGAUAGCAGAGAUAGGAAGCAAGAUAUACCAUGAUAGCAUCACGAAGGAGCGGUCCGUAGAUGUGAAUGGAUUGAUGAAGGGGGUGUUCGGCAUCUCCAAACCUACUACCAAGAGGAAGAAGUCGAAUAGAAAAUCGAGGCAAAUCAAGCCUUGAAAACGCAUCUGCAUUGCCUCUGAGUUCGUAUUGCAGUGAUCACCCACAAAUUAAUCUUAUUAAUGCAGAAUGUUCAUAGAAAAAACUGAAAUGACGCUUAGCAAUCUCAUUUCAUCGAUCAACGCGAAUAUUAAUAUUAAUGAUAUGAACAUCUAUUUUUUCAUCUUACUAAA